AUGCAACCUUCUCAAUGUGCCGCGUGGCCGAACGCGGAUCCUGCGUUGACACAGGAACUCUUGGAUUUGUUGCAACAAGCCAUUCACUACAAUCAGGUCAAGAAAGGCGCAAAUGAAGUCACAAAGGCCGUGACCCGAGGCACCUCCGAGCUCGUCGUUCUCGCUGCUGACACUGUUCCUCUCGCGAUCGUGAUGCAUCUUCCAUUACUUUGCGAAGACAAGAACGUCCCAUACGUGUUUUUGCCGAAUAAGAUUGCGAUCGGUCGAGCAUGUGGUGUGGCCCGGCCAAUUAUCGCCGUCACCAUCAACUCGAACGAUGCUAGUGACCUGGCUCCACAGAUCGAGUGGCUUAAAGCCAAGGUGGAGCGACUUGCAAUCUGA